ACUGUGAAUAUCAGUGUUUUUCUUUAUGGGUGUACAAAGUACUGUUUCUGACAAGGAUUAUUAAGACUGAGUGCUACAGUACUGCGCUUCAAUACAGUGUAACUUGUUAAAGGAGGGAAUGUGGGUAUGGAAAGGAUGGAGAAGGAUUGUGAUGGAGAUGAAUAUUCAUUAUGAAGAAUGAUGAGACUGAUUGAUUGAAGGAGCUGGACGUCUGGAAUUAUUGUGAGUCUCAUUUGCAGGCUAAUGCAUGCUGGUGGAAACUGGUCUGAUGGAUCUGUCUGGCAGCACGGUGUGUAGAGGUGUAUCCUACUACGGAACCAUGAUAUAGAAUGUCUAGAGAGGUCAUCCCGGCACCUGCUGGAGCAGGUGACAGGUGUCUCCAUGACAACCCCUGUUCCAUCACACCGCAGUGACAGAUGAGUCUCUGGAACACUGGGACAGAUCAAGGGCAAUGUGGAGCACGGUGACGUCACCAUCACUGCCGUCUGUGUAAUCCGGGGCGGGGAUGACAAAUUCAUCAGUGGUAUUCUUGCAGUAAUUCACAAGUCUUCUGAUGCUGCUUAUAUAGAUAUUUACAUUGAUUUGGCCCCUGUGAGGUUGCCUUCUUGCAGCUGUAGUCUUGUGGCUCUGACAGAGACCAUCCUUUGUUUAUAGGACUUAUAAGGGGGAGGCUUACCGAUGCACUCCUUCCAGUACCGGCCCUCUCUCUGUUCUUACAUGUGGACGACAGAUAAAACCCUGGAUGUCACUGGAUGUACAACACUGUUCAGAGGACAAGCAGGAAAAAGCAACAGCCCUGAACAAUAGGGCCACCCUUCUGUCUGCGUUCUGAGGGCCAUCUGGUUCCCUCGGUACGUUUUCCACCAGACAGGUUGUUGAUAGAACAACAGCGGGGUGAAUAAAGACAGAUCUGCUGCUCCUCACACAUGCGUAAGGGGCCAAAAUGCAGUACUUCUUUAGUCUCCUACUGUUGAUGGCGGUUUACUCCAAGUCUCGCAGCAGCCCGUGCGGGAAAGGCUGCGACUGUCACGAGGAACUGAAACUCACCACGUGCACUCACGCCCUCUUUACCCAACUGCCCAACCACAUCCCUCCUUACACGGAACACCUGGACCUGUCUGUGAACCUUCUAACCUUUAUUCCGAAGAGUUCCUUCCGAAUGGAACGCAAACUGAGGGUUCUGCUUAUAAAGGACAACAACAUCAGCGCUGUAGCCGACGGGGCCUUCACCCAGCUAGAGUUCCUUCAGAAGUUGGACCUGAGUUGUAACAGGAUCUCGUCCCUGAGCGAGAGCUUCUCCCUGGGCCUGAAUGCUCUGAGAGAGCUGCAGCUGAGCCACAACCACCUGCACACCCUGCACAGCAAGAGCUUCAUGCACCUGGAUGGCCUACAGAGGCUCAACCUUACUGGCAACGCCAUCCAUAACAUCCAGGUGAGGUCCUUUGGCUCCAUGUCCACCUUGCGGCAGCUCCACCUGGAGGGCAACCAUCUCGUCUCCCUGAACAAUGGGGUGUUCUCCAUGCUGAAGUCCCUGGAGGUCCUCAACCUGCAGGGGAACCAGAUCAACAAGACCCAAGAGGGUGUCUUCACACCCAUGACCUCCCUGGCCCUGCUCAACCUGGCCCACAACCAGAUGAGCACCAUCUACUUCAAGACCUUCCUAAGCAUCCACACCUACAGUACCCAUAUCCUGUUGGAAGGAAACCCCUGGAACUGCAAUUGUGACCUGCAGAAAGUGUUCCACAAGCUUAGAAGUGUUCAAAGGCUGUUCUUGGAUGAUUAUUAUAAUCUUAGCUGUAAUGCUCCGACAGAACUAGCGAACUACAGGUUGAUGGAUGUGGAUACGGAGCUGUGUAUCGCCGAGGUGGUUAUUGUGCUGAUUAUCACGAUCACCGUGAUGAUAACAGUGUUGGGGGCCAUCGUCAUGGCGGAGAGGAAUAGAAAGAAGAAGAAGAGGGGAAAGCAUUGGACGGAGCAGGGCAACUUGUCUGACUCAGAUCACUAGGGAUUGACUUUUUCUCAGCAACACAAUCCUUUUAAUACAUUUGUACAGUAACACGAAGAAAAUAUCUUAUCUGAGACAGUUAUACGCGUCAUAUUUUAAAGGGCAUUUAGUAGGCUAUUGUACAAUUUCACCAAGUAUUUAUUGUACACAAAUGCAUUAAUCAAUUACUCAAUAUGUACACUUUUUGCAUUUGUAAUAAUACCAGAAUUUGUAGUGUUCUAUUAGAUACUUUGAAAUACAAUAUGAACAAUACUAACGGUUUGAAAAAUAAUAAAUUCAACACAAUUGAAAUGUG